UAGACCCUGGCCUGGUCUGCGCUGACCCUAGAAGUCGAUCGUCUUCGGGACCAGAGGUCAAAUACAUGCCAGGGACCACAUUUUGAUCUGGUCAGAAACCUGAUCCUAUUAUCCGUAUUGUUGCCAUCCUUGAGCUUGAUCUUCCCUCACGGCAUACCUUUCUCUACCUGCUGCCACGCUGGGAGUUUCUUCUUCGUUGCUCUCUCUUUGUGCCAGAGUCUGAAAGCCCUCUGCUGGUCAAUGUAAACAUCAAUCGUUCCCGUUGACAAACCGUAUCACAAUUGCGACUCAGGCUCUUCAGUAACGUCUUCAGGGACGUUCUCUACUAUACGUCUUCGUUUUGUGUACCGAUGCUGUAAGGUAUCGGUACUUCUAUCCAAGUGUGUCGUCCCCCGGCAUAUACUUCCACCUCCGCAAAGCUUCUAGCUCUAGGCACAGCUUGCACAAGCUCUCAACUCAACUCAAUUCGAUCCGAUUGUUCAUUCUUUCCAAGCAGUCGAAUUCAUCCUAUCCUUUCGAUGAAUGUUGGAAGAGUGCCCAGCUAAACUCAUUGCCGACAACCACAAAGACAACCACAAUCACUGCACACUGUCCAUGGCCAUCGCGAUAACGUCGCAGGACUGCUCGAAACUCUAUUCGUUCGGAGCUGGAAAUUCGUGGCAGAGUACAUCGUCCGAGCUUCCCAUGAUUGGCGUUAUGUCUUACCACUAUCCACCACUCUCCCCUGUCGACAAUGAGAUGGGUAUGCCACCCCAAGGCUUCAUGCCUUCCUAUACGCUUCCUUCUCAACAACUCUCUUCCAUGACGAUGGUCGACCCUCAUACCCCAUCACUAGGCCAAGAUCAUGGUCUGGAUAUGAAAGGUUCCUACUCAGCACCGAACAAUGCCUCCUUACUGGCUUCCGAGGCAGAAGAGCAACAGCAAAACGGGAACUUGGGCGAGAAGAAAAGGAACAAGCUGGGUUACCAUCGUACUUCGGUGGCUUGUGGUAGGUCUAGGUCUGCCAAUACAUGAGUGUUCUCGUCUUAACUUGUUUUCACAAGGUCACUGCCGGCGCCGAAAGAUCAGGUGCAUCACGUCACCUAAUGAUACACAAGGACGCUGUAUCAACUGCAUUCGUUUGAAGAAAGAUUGCAGUUUCUUCCCUGUAGAUCAGGCAUCGAUUGACGAUUCACGAAGCAAGCCAACAUCGAAAUCUUCUACAGGUCCAAAAGGAAGCUCGGCAACCUCGUCUCCCGCAACCUCGAUCAGCAAUCCAGUUGAGCAGCCCAAGAAGACAAAGCCACCGUUUGUGCCAUCGUCAAAGAGACCUGGGCCAAUUGCAGUUCCCAAAAUCACAGAAGCUGAAGGAGUCAAAGGGUUUCCACCUCAAACAAAAGCUUCAGGGGCUUCACCUACAAGUUUGACACCCCCGGAAGCAGGAAACCAACAUCCUGCCGGCUGGAUAAUUACAGCGCCCGAACAAAGCCCAACUUCGUCCUCGAAUCUGAGUACUCCAUGGCAUACAUAUGCCACGGGAUCUCCGAUGAGUGCGCAGUUCUCUCCAUUUACCUCGGUGAACCACUCCCCAUCUGGAUGGCCCCCUGUGAACUCGGAGCCAGUACCCCGGGGUGACAUGGACAUGGCUUGGGGUCAGUUUGCACCACCAACACGGUCCAUGUCAUACGGAGGAGAGCCUCUGUCCAGCAACCAACCUUCUCAGUACUCUUUAAUGGCUCCAGGUCGACAAUUCGAGCGAAGGCCAUCCGCCCUGUCCGAUGCCUAUACGACUUCUAUGAACGCUAUGGUCACUGGAUUUGAUAGCUCCAGCAUGAACACAGCGGUUCCGUUCCCACCAAACGCGAUGCCUGCGACCAACUACCCAGCAUGGAACCAAACGCAGGCAUAUCCUGGAUACACAUAUGUGAAGAAUCCAGAGACGUACGGGGAUGAUUGGUCUCACGAAAGGGGGUUACAAGAUCAGCAACUUCAGGGAACCUCUGGUCAACAGGCCAUGAAUACAUAUCAAAGCCAACGAUAAUGGUCUACAGCACAUAAUAUAUCCUGGGCUUGUAAUAGGGCGAGAAUGGCUUACGGAGGCGGCGUUGAUGACUUGCUCAGUCCGUCCAGUGAUCUGAGUAAGACCUAUAAUGAUAUAUACAUCCUAUCUUGGCGUUAAUCUGUUGUGUCACUGAGCUGAUGAACGGCCUGCAACCUCUUGGGUCUCACUUUACCUUAUAAUCCAGUAAUCCAUACUUGUAUUAUUCCCCAAGGCAACCUCGUAGGCUAAACCAGCCUCGCUCCGAAUGCUUCUUCUUAUGACGAAAACAUAUAUGUUUUUCAAACUCUCGUAGUUUUAGUUAAUGGAUUCUGAUGGCGGCAUCAACCCAUCAGCCUGUCAUUCUGAACAUCGAAUCAAAAGUCUUGGCUAUGUUCCGACAACUAUAUAUAGCUUGACAUCUGUCUAUGUCCAAGAGCAAUAGAGAAAUUACUGCAUGUAUGAGUAUAAGAUAGAGCUUGAAAUGUUGUUCGUGGCUUAUAGGCGACGGCUGUCUCCCUAUCCAUUCUAAGU